AACGCACGCAACCCGCGAAAGUGCAACCUGGUCUGUGACCGCGCCGGCAAGCACCGUUGGCCGCCUCGCAUGGCUAACAAGGGCAGUGGUGGACUCUCGACGCGUCGUGCUGCCAAGCGACGCGCCCGCGAUCUUGCGUCUUUUUAGCCCCUUGAGGUUUUGGUCGUUUUGUCGCGGAUGGCAACGACCAAGUCCUCGGUCGUGCCCGCCGAGGCCCCGCGCUCGCCUCGGCGGCCGACCAAACUCGUGCGCAGCUUCACCGAGCGCGCGUUCACCGGACUCCGCAUCGAUCCCAACGAGCAGAUUGCCCGAGCGGCGAAAAGCGUCCUCAUCCCCAAGGAAGAGAUCGAGAUCUUUCACUCGCCCGACACCGGGGCGUCGCCGUACAUGCUUCACCCCAACUCGGUCUUCCGGCGCGUCUGGGACGUCUGUGCUGCGUGCUCGGUGGUUUGCGUCUGCCUGCUCACCCCACUUGAGCUCGGGUUCCAGAACGCGGAUUGGCGCCAGCUCUCCGCCCUCGGAACGUUCUUGGACGUCUUCUUCGUCACGGACAUGGUGCUCACCUUCCGCACCGGGUACCUUAUCUCGGGCGAGAUCGUCAUGAACCAGCGGCUCGUCAUGUGGCACUAUGCCGAGUCGUGGCUGCUCAUCGACUGCCUCUCCAACUUCCCGUUCUACCUCUUCUACUCGCACGCAAACCAGUCGUCGGUCAAGUUUCUCAAGCUCCAGAAGAUCCCGAAAAUGCUGCGCUUUGCCCGCCUCCUCAAGUACAUGCGGCAGUACGCCAAGUACUACAACUUUGUGUUGGUCGUCGUCGCGAUUGUCAUCAGCCUCCACGUCCUCACGUGCUUGUGGGCGAGUCUCUUCGACCAGUGCAUCAAGAACGUCUAUGAUGCGUCGACCAACCAGACGUACUGCGACGACACGCAGGUAGAUACAAGCCGCAGGCAGACGCUUGACACUGGACAGAUGGAGCCCAUGUACCUCGAGGCGCUUCUCAACGUCCUCAUGCUCUACACGUCGCUUGGCGAGUACUCGACGUACGCGAGCAUCGGCAACCUCGAGAGCCCGCUCGCGCGCGCGACGCCGACCGUCUACCUUCUCUCGAUCUGCAUCGUCGUGCUUGGGCUCGUGAGCAUCGCCGUCUUCUUGGCCAACAUCAUCUCGAUCUUCAUCAGUUGGGACCAGCAGAGCGCGCAGUUUCGGAAUCGCAUGGACAUCAUCAGCGCCGAGAUGAAGCAUUACGAGAUCCCGCUCGAGCUCCAACGCCGCGUCAAGCGCAACUACGACUACCUCUGGAUCAACCAACGCGCGUACUCGGAGAUGACGCUGCUCUCGCAACGGGGUAUCUCCAAGAGCCUUCGGACGACGAUCGCGCUCUUUUUGUACAAGGACCUCCUCGAGACAGUCCCGUUCUUUGCUGGCGAAAAUGCCAAGCUCCUCGGCCGCAUCUGCCUUCUGCUCGAGACGGCCGUGUACUUGCCUGGCGACUUGAUCAUCCAAGUCGACGACCUCGGCAAAGAAAUGUUCAUCGUGCGGCGCGGUGUUGUCGAGAUUCUGAUUGCAAAUCGGCCGGAGAACGCGCCACGUAUUUUGCUCAAGGACGGAGCUUUCUUUGGCGAGACGGCGCUCGUCGUGGAAGUCCGUCGCACGUCGUCCGUGCAGUCGGUGACCGUCACGGACCUCAACGUCCUCAACAAGCAGGCGUUUGACGAGAUUAUCGCGGAAUUUCCAGAUUUUUUCCAGAAAAUGAAACGCAUUGUGGUCCAGCGCCAGAUGGACAAUAUGCACAUCUCGAACGACGCCGACAAGACCGUGAUCGAGCGCGAGCUGAACGCAGUCAUCGACCACUCGCUGACACAGCGAGCGAGCGACGUCUCGUCCCCUUACUGGCGCUACUCCGAGGCCAACAAGACAGGCAACAAGCUCAAGCGCAUCGCCGAGCGCCUCAAGCACUCGGAGCAGACGACGGUCGUCCCGAUCACUCGCCCCAAGCGGCGGAAACGGAGCAGCGCACUGCGGGUGUUGACCGGCUUGAGUGUCUUUAGCCACAACCCGAUCAAGUCCGCGCUCGCCAAGAAGCCAAGCUUCCUUCGCCAACCAGUGACUCGGCGCACGACCGAACCGGCUGUGAGUGGCGCCACCGAGACACCAGAAGCCGAGCUGCAACCGAGUCUGACCACAAUUAGCCAGCGGCUACGGGUCGUCGAGGCGUCGAUCGCAGCACUGCCGACGUACAUGACGGCCUUGCAGACAACCAUGCAGCAGCUCCAAGCCGACCUUGCGCGUCUGCAAGCUGCCUCGACGCCAACCGAAUUACCGUCCCUUCACGUGUCCCCUCUCCAUCCUGCGAUGCAGUAAUGUACAUAUAUUUUAUCUACCGAAUUUGUCCCUA